GCAGCACGGGCGGGGCCCCCGCGCUCUCACCGCCCGGGGGUGUGGUUCCCGCUGCUGGGCCGGGCGGGGCGGCGGGUUUAAGGCGCAGGCCGUCCCGACCCGGCUCACUAGCGCCCUUGCAGCUGCCACCGCACCCUGCCAUGGAGCGGCCGUCGCUACAUGCCCUGCUCCUCGGCGCCGCCGGGCUGCUGCUCCUGCUCCUGCCCCUCUCCUCUUCCUCCUCUUCGGACACCUGCGGCCCCUGCGAGCCGGCCGCCUGCCCGCCCCUGCCCCCGCUGGGCUGCCUGCUGGGCGAGACCCGCGACGCGUGCGGCUGCUGCCCGAUGUGCGCCCGCGGCGAGGGCGAGCCGUGCGGGGGCGGCGGCGCCGGCAGGGGGUACUGCGCGCCGGGCAUGGAGUGCGUGAAGAGCCGCAAGAGGCGGAAGGGUAAAGCCGGGGCAGCAGCCGGCGGCCCGGGGGUAAGCGGCGUGUGCGUGUGCAAGAGCCGCUACCCGGUGUGCGGCAGCGAUGGCACCACCUACCCAAGCGGCUGCCAGCUGCGCGCCGCCAGCCAGAGGGCCGAGAGCCGCGGGGAGAAGGCCAUCACCCAGGUCAGCAAGGGCACCUGCGAGCAAGGUCCUUCCAUAGUGACGCCCCCCAAGGACAUCUGGAAUGUCACUGGUGCCCAGGUGUACUUGAGCUGUGAGGUCAUCGGAAUCCCGACACCUGUCCUCAUCUGGAACAAGGUAAAAAGGGGCCACUACGGAGUUCAAAGGACAGAACUCCUACCUGGCGACCGGGACAACCUGGCCAUUCAGACCCGGGGUGGCCCAGAAAAGCAUGAAGUAACUGGCUGGGUGCUGGUAUCUCCUCUAAGUAAGGAAGAUGCUGGAGAAUAUGAGUGCCAUGCAUCCAAUUCCCAAGGACAGGCUUCAGCAUCGGCAAAAAUUACAGUGGUUGAUGCCUUACAUGAAAUACCAGUGAAAAAAGGUGAAGGUGCUGAGCUAUAAACCUCCAGAAUAUAUUAGUCUGCAUGGUUAAAAGUAGUCAUGGAUAACUACAUUACCUGUUCUUGCCUAAUAAGUUUCUUUUAAUCCAAUCCACUAACACUUUAGUUAUAUUCACUGGUUUUAUACAGAGAAAUACAAAAUAAAGAUCACACAUCAAGACUAUCUACAAAACUUUAUUAUAUAUUUACAGAAGAAAAGCAUGCAUAUCAUUAAACAAAUAAACUACUUUUUUAUCACAACACA